AUGGGCGUCUCCGCGCGCUACGCCGGCGAGGGCCGCAUCGCCGAUUCGAAUUAUUCAAACGCCAAGUGGGUGGAGGGAGAGCUGCUGGUCUUCUCCUCGGCCAGCAACGAGAUGAUCACGGGCGGCGCGCGCGUCGGGUUUGUGUGGUCGGUGCCGAACGAUCGCCGGUUCCUGAUCCUGCUGAACCGCAUCCAGCUGGAGUGA